AUGGCGCCUCAAGGUGGAGGAAACAUUAAGGUGGUGGUGAGAUGUCGUCCUUUCAACGGCAGAGAACUCGACCGCGGAGCAAAAUGUAUUGUUCAAAUGGAAGGCGCGCAAACGGUUCUCGUACCACCUCCAGAUGCCGAAGAACGAAUGCGAGCUGGGAAAGGAGGCGCAAAGGAUGUUGGACAGAAAGUCUUCGCGUUCGAUAAAUCAUACUGGUCUUUCGACAAGAGCGAUCCAAACUAUGCCGGGCAGGAUGAUCUACACGAAGAUUUGGGGAAACCUUUACUGGAUAACGCAUUUCAGGGAUACAAUAACUGUAUUUUUGCCUAUGGACAAACUGGAUCUGGAAAAUCGUACUCCAUGAUGGGAUAUGGAAAGGAGGCAGGUGUUGUUCCGAAAAUUUGCCAGGACAUGUUCGAGAGGAUUGCGCAGAUGCAGACGAAGGACAAGAAUGUCAAGUUUACCGUGGAGGUCUCAUAUCUGGAAAUUUACAACGAGAGAGUCAGAGAUCUGCUGAAUCCAUCUACGAAAGGGAAUCUCAAGGUCAGAGAACAUCCGUCUACUGGACCGUAUGUGGAAGAUCUAGCGAAAUUGGUUGCGAGCAGUUUCAACGAGAUUGAACACUUGAUGGACGAGGGAAACAAGGCGAGAACAGUCGCGGCCACAAAUAUGAACGAAACGAGUAGUAGAAGUCAUGCCGUUUUUACCCUUACUCUUACCCAGAAGCGAUACGACACGGAUACCAAAAUGUCUCUGGAGAAGGUCGCGAAGAUUAGUUUGGUGGAUUUAGCUGGUUCCGAAAGAGCACAGUCAACAGGUGCUACUGGAGCUCGUCUGAAGGAAGGUGCUGAGAUCAAUAGAUCGCUGUCUACGCUUGGUCGAGUUAUUGCCGCGCUGGCAGAUCUGUCAGAAGGCAAAAAGAAGAAAGGCGGGAAAGCUAUGGGCCAGGUUCCAUACAGAGACAGUGUUUUGACAUGGCUGUUGAAAGAUUCGUUGGGAGGAAACAGUAUGACGGCCAUGAUUGCAGCCAUCAGUCCUGCGGAUAUCAAUUUCGACGAGACGUUGAGUACGCUCAGAUACGCGGACAGUGCGAAGAGAAUUAAGAAUCACGCUGUGGUCAACGAAGAUGCCAAUGCCAGAAUGAUCCGAGAGCUGAAAGAGGAGUUGGAAGCUCUUCGAGGGAAACUGAGUGGUGGCGGCGGGGGACCAACAGAGGAGGUCUAUGCGGAAGGAACACCACUGGACAAGCAAAUCGUCAGCAUUGUUCAAGCCGAUGGAUCUGUCAAGAAAGUCUCGAAAGCAGAGAUUGCCGAACAGCUCAACCAGAGUGAGAAGUUGUAUUCGGAUCUUAACCAAACCUGGGAGCAGAAAUUACAGAAGACGGAAGAGAUCCACAAGGAACGAGAAGCUGCUCUCGAAGAACUGGGAAUCAGUAUCGAGAAAGGUUUCGUUGGCCUGCAUACGCCAAAGAAAAUGCCACAUUUGGUCAAUUUGUCCGAUGAUCCUUUACUAGCAGAAUGUUUGGUGUACAACCUCAAGCCUGGAACCACGACGGUCGGAAACGUUGAUGUCGUUGGAGAACACGUCUCUGAGAUUCGAUUAAAUGGAACUCGUAUCCUUGAUGAGCAUUGUACCUUCGAGAAUACCGACAAUGUCGUCACACUGGUGCCCAAUCCUGGAGCAGCUGUCAUGGUCAAUGGCAAACGGAUAGAAGAGCCCAAACGACUGCGAAGUGGAUAUCGAGUCAUUCUUGGAGAUUUCCACAUUUUCAGAUUCAAUCAUCCUAUGGAAGCUCGGGCGGAAAGAGCUGAGCAGAGCUCGCUAAGACAUUCGAUAAUUGCAAACCAGAUGGGCGAUUUUGAAAAAGUAUCACCCUCGCCAAGUCCCAGACCAGGGCACGAGAGAUCUUUCAGUAAAGCAGCUUCGGAGGUUGAUUGGGAUGCAAGUCAACCAGAUUCACCAAUGUCACUUCAACGAGGUCGAGAUUCUGAUUGGUCGUUUGCAAGGAGAGAAGCUGCUGGCGCUAUCCUCGGGCCGGAUAAGCAGAUCGCUGGUUUAACAGAUGAGGAGUUGAAUAUUCUCUUCGAAGAUGUGCAGAAAGCGAGAGCUGAACGUGCAGGCCAGAAUAUGGACGACGAUAUGGACUCGGUCACAUCCUAUCCUGUGCGAGAGAAAUAUCUGUCGAAUGGGACGUUAGACAACUUCUCGCUCGAUACAGCUCUGACUAUGCCAUCGACUCCAAAACAAGGCGAGGUCGAAGACAAGAUGCGAGAAGUACGAGAGGAGAUGCAGGUUCAGCUGGACAAACAGAAAGAAGAAUACCAAGACCAACUGAAAUCUGCUGAAGCUGCCAAUGUGGAAGUGGAGGAGAUCAGAAAAGAGAAAGCCCGCAUGGAGGAGAAUCUCAGAGAAGUCAAGGAAGAAAUGCUCAAGCAGCUUGACGCACAACGGAAAGAAUUCGAGGAACGCCUUCAAUCUAUGGCUCCGAGGUCAACAGAAGGCCCUUCACCUCUUAGCGAACGCGAAAUCACCAUUGCAGAGAAAGUUGUCGAGCACUGGAGGAGUCGGAGGUACGUGAGGAUGGCUGAAAGCGUUCUGCAAUCUGCAGCAAAUCUCAAAGAAGCCCAGAUCAUGAGUCAAGAGAUGGACGAGAGUGUCGUGUUUCAGUUCACGAUCGUUGACGUUGGUCACGAUAUGUGCUCGUCAUAUGACAUGGUUCUGAAUGGUAUUUCCGGCGAAGGCGAUGACUUCUUCCUCGAAGAUGCGACGAAGCCCUGUGUCGGCGUACGCGUUAUUGACUACCGAAAUAGUGUUGUUCAUCUCUGGAGUUUGGAAAAGCUACGGGAUCGAGUUAGGCGGAUGAGACAGAUGCAUCAGUAUAUCGAUCGUCCGGAAUACCUCCAGCAUUUCCAGCUCGAUAACCCGUUCAUGGAGACCUGCAUGCCCCAGUAUACCCAUGUCGGUGACGUUGAUGUGCCGCUCGCUGCUGUCUUUGAGAGCCGAGUCCAGGAUUUCAGCCUUGAUGUUCUCUCACCAUACACUUCCCACGCCAUUGGUAUGAUUAAGUUGUCGCUUGAGCCAUCGUCUGCUCGCGCACCUUCGAGUACCCUGAAGUUCAACGUGGUUAUGCACGACUUGGUGGGAUUUGCGGAGCGAGAGGGCACAGAAGUACAUGCUCAGCUUUUCCUCCCAGGCGUUUCAGCAGAAGGUGGUGUUACAACAACUCAGAUGAUUAAGGAUUUCGACGAAGGUCCAAUCCGUUUUGAGAGUGUUCACAGUAUGAGCGUGCCAAUGUUCGGCCCAACCAAUGUUUGUCUCCGUGUCGCCAUCUUCGCUAAAGUUUCGUCGAUGCACCUGGACAAGCUGCUAAGCUGGGAUGAUAUACGGGACAACGUUCCGAGACCAAAGCAGAAACGAAAGAACGCUCGAAUAGCAGAAUCUCAAUUCUACACGGAAGAGAAACACGAUGUUUUUGCUCGGAUACAGAUCCACGAGCUGGCCGAAAAUGGUGAAUACCUUCCAGUCGAAGUCCUCCAGACAAGCGACCUGGACAAGGGAUCUUUUCAACUCCACCAAGGUCUCCAACGACGCAUUGUAAUCAAUCUGACGCAUAGUUCUGGAGAAGCUCUUCCUUGGGAAGAUGUUUCUGGACUCAGAGUCGGCCGUGUACAACUUGUUGACCAUGUGGGGAAGUCGCCAGAUCUCACCUCUCCCUCUCCAGAUAUACCAUUGAAGCUUGUUUCGAAGCCAAAGGUUCAGCAAAAUGCCAACGGUACCAGUAACGUCACUAUCAUCGGGCAAUGGGAUUCGAGUGCGCACGAAUCGCUGCUUCUUGAUCGUGUUACAGCAGACAAGUACAAAGUUCAAAUGUCUCUUACUUGGGAUGUAUCAUCUCCUAAGCUUGCUGAUCUGAUGACAUUCUCGAUUGAUGUCUGGGGUCAGAUUCUAUCACGUUCGUAUGUGCGGUCAACAUCGAUGUUUGCAUCGCUAUGGCAGACAGUACGAAUCGUCCAUGCUACCUCUGGCAUUUUCUCGGUUGCUGUUCGUCCAACGCCCGUCAAGAGAGCAGGUGAUUUGUGGCGCAUGAACACCCAGAACGAUUUCGUGAAAGGUGAAGAAGGCUUGACGAAUUGGACGCCUAGAGGCGUAAGCCUGAUACGGGACUACAUUGCCGCGAAGAGGCGAAAGCAGCGGCAUGCCGAGAUUGAAGCAGCACAACCACUGCUUAGUCGCAUUACUUUCCCAAAAGCAUCUGCUAGCCCUGCCACAAAUGGCGAUACCCCACCAGCAGAGGCAGAAGCCUCUGGGCCAACACUCUCCGACCACGACAAAGAGAUCUUGGAGAGGUAUUUGAAGCUAUGGAAGCUUUGCCAAGAUCCAAUAACUAAUAUUCUCACUCCCACGAACGUCGAACCUCCUUCAACCGGUGCACCACCUACGCAAGCUCAGGCACCAACAUCACCUCAUCUCCUCGCCACCGUCUCUCAAGUCACCAAGAACCCCACGAUCCUCAAAGGUGGUUACCUCCUCACUCCCUCCGCCGACUCCUCCCGAUGGGUACGACGGUUUGUCGAACUCCGCCGUCCAUACAUGCACAUUCAUUCCGUUCCCGACGGAGAAGAAGUCUGUGUCGUCUCUCUUCGCAACUCUCGCGUUGAUCAUCAGCCACAAAUUGCUCGGCUGUUACGCCGUGACGGUGAGAACGGGGGUGGUGCGAAUGGUCGUGGUAGAGCCCAGACGAAUGAUGAGGAUCGUGUGUUUGCUGUCUAUGGCACAGAUAAUACGUGGCUGUUUAAAGCGAGGAGUGAAAGGGAGAAGGUCGAGUGGAUUUUCAAGAUUGAUCAGAGCUAUUUCGGCGGGAGCGGAAGUGGGAGUGGUAAUGGGACGUCAGAUGAUGACUAUUACUAA